AUGCCGCCGGCGGCGGGCGCGCCCGCGGCGGCGGCGGGCCCUCGCGGCCUCCAGGCGUCGCCGCUCGCGGCCCCGCCGCUCCCGGCGCGCAGCGCGGCCUCCGCGCCGGGCUGCCGCGUGCAGGCAGGGAGGAGACUGGCGCACGCCUGCCGCCCGACGCACGCUGCCACAGCUGCCGCGGCCGCCGUGGGCGCGGGCUGGGCAGCGUCCUGGCGCUGCUCGCGCCGCCCCGGCCUGGGCCCCCGCCGGCCCGCCGCGCGGAGCCGCGCCGCCAGGGCAGCUGCUCCGCACCGCAGCCGUGGACGCCGCGACAGUGUUGCUGUCCGUGCGAUAGCGGAAGGGCCAGGAAGGCCGGGCAGCUGGGACCCCGACGACCCGGACGAGCCUGCCUUCCCCAGCGGCUUUGAUUGGGACUGGGGCGAGAUCUACAUCUGGGGCGGCGUGACCUGGGUCAUGGGCAGGGACGGUGCUGGAGAUGGAAAUGACGAGAACGAGAAACCAAUGGAGAAGGUAGCCCCGCGGGUGAAGCAGGCCAUGUGGGAGGCCUUGUCGGCACAGUACCCGAAGGCCGUCAAGGAGGGCGCGUUCGCGGGCACGCCCCUCUCGCGGAGCCUCGCCGCGCGGCGCUUCGAGAGCCUGGCGGACCAUGCGCUCCGCUCCACGGCCCGGCCGGAGGCUCUGGAGAUCAUCCGCAGCGACACCACGCCGUUGCUUGUCGAGCCCGACGGCGUCCAGUGCGCGUUCGACCUCCUCACCGGGGUCUGCGGCAACGCGAAGGAGGCCCUGGAGCUCGUGCGCAAGCACCCCGGCCUGCUCGUGGGCGGCACCAGGAGCAUGAAGGAGGGCACCUCGCUCGUGACAGCCACGCUGGUGGAUGUGCUCUUCGCGGGCAGGCUGCUCGACAUCGCGGAGGACCCUCGUCCACAGGCCUGGAAGUUGGCCGAGAUCGAAUUCUAUGCCUCCGUUGCGGCUCUGUUCAAGCCCGUGAUGGACCUCGUGCAGCGCCGGAGCGUGGUCAUCUGA